UCGCGCGUCGAGGAGCAGCUUGCCGACGUACGCGACAAGCUCCACGAACGCGAGCGGCACCUCGACAAGCGUGACGACGCCGUGACCUCACGUGAGGACCAGCUCGCCAAGCAAGAGAAGAUGGUCGAGAGCAACCAGCGCCGCCUGACGGAAAAGCUGGCCGAUGUCGAUGUCCGUACGAAAGAACUCGAGAACCUCCUCGACGUCCAGCGGCAAGCCCUACACAAGGCCAGCGGGCUGGGGCCCGAAGAGGCCCGCAAGAUGCUCCUCGAGCGGCUUGACGCCGAACUGUCGCACGAGCAGGGCGUCCGCGUCAUGGAGGCUGAGAAGCGUCUGGCUGAGAAGGUCGACGCCAAGGCCAAGGAAAUGCUGAUCACCUCGAUCCAGCGUUUCGCCGCCGCGCACACGGCCGAGUCGACCACCAGCACGGUCGAUAUCCCCAGCGACGAAAUGAAGGGCCGGAUCAUUGGCCGCGAAGGUCGCAACAUCCGCACCUUCGAGAAGGAGACCGGCGUUGACGUCAUCAUCGACGAUACGCCGGGCGUGGUGAUCGUCAGCUCAUUUGACCCUGUGCGGCGGCAGAUCGCGCAACUCGCGCUGACGAAGCUCAUCGCCGACGGCCGCAUCCAUCCCAGCCGCAUCGAAGAGCUGGUCGUCGAGACGACCGCCGAGGUCGAGAAGCUGCUGGUGAAGUACGGCGAAGAAGCGGCCCAAGAGGUCGAUAUCCGCGGGCUGCACCCCAAGGCGAUCCAGCUGCUGGGGCGCCUCUACUACCGCACCAGCUACAGCCAGAACGUGCUCCGGCACUCGAUCGAGGUGGCGUUCGUCGCCGGCAUGAUCGCCGAAGAGCUGGGCUACGAUGGCGACCUCGCUCGACGUGCGGGCCUGCUGCACGACAUCGGCAAAGCGGCCGACCACGACACCGAGGGCGGCCAUCCGAAGAUCGGCGCCGACCUACUGAAACGCUAUGGCGAGAACGAUGUCGUUGUGCACGCCGCCCUCGGCCAUCAUGACGAUAUCCGCGUCGAUAUGCCGUACACCCGGAUGCAGGAGCUCGAAGCGAUCGCCUCAGGCUUCGCCGGCGUCCACCAAGCUUUCGCGAUCCAAGCGGGCCGCGAGGUGCGUGUCAUCGCUAAAACGAACGAGACGACCGACGAGUCCGCCGCCAAGGUCUGCCGCGACAUCGCCAAAGCGUUCGAAGAACAGCUCACCUACCCCGGCGAAAUCCGCGUGACAAUGAUCCGCGAGACCCGCUUUACUGAGAUGGCAAAGCCGGGGCGGGAGAUCGUUCAACGGGCGCUGCCGGGGCUGAUCGCUGAGCGCGGGAUCGAUCUGGUGGUCUGCAACGCCGAGAACGCCGCGUCGGGAUCGGGGUACACGCCAAAGAUCCACGCCGAGCUGAUGGCGGCGGGCGUUGAUGCGGUGACGCUUGGCGACCAUGUCUAUCGCCGACGCGAGGUGCUGCCGCUGCUUGAAUCGGCGGACAACGUUGUGCGGCCCUGCAACCUGCCGGCCGAGGCGACCGGCCGCCGCUGGGCAACGGUCCGCACGAAGGACGGCGCACAUCAAGUUCUCGUCUGCUGCGCGUUGGGUCAGCUCUUCAUGAAACCGAUCGAUAGCCCCUUUCGAGCGGUUGACGCCGCGCUCGCCGAGGCGCCGGCGGACGUGAAGGUCCGCUUCGUUGAUUUCCACGCCGAGGCCACCAGCGAGAUGCAGUCAAUGGGCCGGUAUCUCGACGGCCGCGUGUCGGCGGUGCUGGGGACGCACACCCACGUGCCGACGGCGGACGAGUGCGUCUUUCCCGAAGGGACCGCCUUCCAGUGCGACGUCGGCAUGACCGGCCCGCACGACAGCAUCCUCGGCCGUCGCGUCGAUCGUGUGCUAGCGGCGACGCUGACCGGCGUGCCGCACUCGUUCGAUGUCGCGGAGAAGGACCUGCGCAUCAACGGCGCCCUGGUGACGAUCGACGCCGAAUCGGGCCGGGCGACCGCGAUUGAGCGCGUGAUGGUCAAUGAGGCGGAGGUAGAGCACCGCUUGUCCGGUGAGAUACACGCGAUCGUCCGCGACGCCACAAAGGUCUUCGUUGAUGCCAUAACUCGGCGCGAAGAAGCGGCUCACAAAAUCGACAUCGUUACCCUGAGCCGUAAUGGCGACACCUCUCAACUCGACCUCUGCCAGCGCACGAAAAUCUGGCUUGGCGCUACGCACGGCUUCUUCGUCGCGGAGCACCACGAGAUAAUCAUUCGCCUUGAGACAUUCCACCGGUUCGAUUCCGAGCGCCUCGGCAAGGCCCCGCGGGGCUUGGCACGGCUGCGCGGCGCCGGCAGGAAAGUCGAGGGUGAUGCCGUCGGCGCCGCGCUCGGCGAGCAAGAGGCCACUCCGCGAUUGGAAGCGGAGAGUGUCCCCGCGGAACCCCUGUCGUUCAAACAAAACAAAGGCCGUCGCCAAGGUCGCGUGCCCACAGAGGUCGACUUCGCGGAUCGGAGUAAACCACCGCAGCCGAAAGCCGUCUCCCUCGGGCGAAAAGAAGGCGGUUUCCGAGAGAUUGUUCUCUGCCGCGAUGGCUUGUAG